AUGUUGAAGACCACGGCCGACUACAACUUUGGACAGACAAAGGGAGGCGCCAACGUUGGUGUCAGUAGCGUCUGGUUCUCUUUCAAUGCUGGCGCAAGCCACUCUUCAGAGUCCAGCACCCUCCAGCUUGGCUCCGAACCUUCCCAAGUCCAGGUUCCCAUCACCCACAACGACCUGCAAGCCAUCACUAUCACCGCCGGCGUAUGGAACGUUAAUGUGAGCAAGGACAAGUUCCGCUCCGAUUCCCCCAAGGAAGUGAAGAGUCUCGCCAGAGUGAGCCAGAUCAUCGUGAUCGCCGGCCUAGGCUACGAGAUCAAAGUCGGCGCCUUGACCGCCGAGACCCUCGACACCAAGCUCAAGCAGACCACGAGCGCUGGAGGCAGCAUCAGCGUCUCUGGCAUCCCCAUCGGCCUGGCAGAGGUUUUCCAUGUCGCAGGUUACAUAAAUCAACACAAAUCGACAUCUUUACAUCUUCAACCUUCGCUGGACUAUAGCUGCUGGAGUUCGAAAUGGAUACUACAUCUGCGAACAUCUCCCAAAUUAUAA